AUGGGAGCAAAAAUGGAAGAUUUAAAGGAUGGUAUUACAAAAAAAGAAACACUUCUCAAGGGGCAUCGUUUUCACCUCCGUAAAAGAUCCGACAUCGCGAAGGAGAUCGCCCGUUCGAAAUUGUUCGGCCAGAAAAGCAGAACUAAAAAAGACGCGAACGCAAUUCUCUCUUUGAAUGUGAUUUUCAAGCAAUCUAAACAAAAAUCGUUGGACGUUAAGAGAACAUCUGCCAUUUGUAAGAAGAACAAAACUCAUCGUCGUCAUCCAUACAAACUUUUGCUAGCUGUUCGAAAUCGGCGCAACGUUCAACCGUCCAUAUCGGAAUCAUUUUUGAGGGAUAUGGGAUUAUCCUCAAUGGGCACAGCUAGAUUUUUCUCCAAUUCGGAGUCCAGUUUGAAAAGCUUGGAACGGGUCCGACCAUUUGUCUACUAUGGCACUCCUACGCAGCGACACGUUAGGGAGCUAUUGAACAAACGGUAA